AUGAAGCUUUCCUGGGUACCCGCGUUCCUGCUUCUCUCCGGGGUCACGUCCCUAUCGAUCCCCAACCUGAAUGAUCUCGUCGCGCGUCAUGCGGACCCCAACCCGGAGACUUCGGAUCUGAUUGAUCUGGAGAAGCGACGGGGUGGUGGUGGUGGCGGCGGAGGGCACGCUAGCAGCGGAGGUAGCAGUGGAGGACGCACGAGCUCGUCCGGCAGCAGCAGCAGCAGCAGUGGAGGCAGCAGUCGUGGGGGCAGCAGCAGCAGUGGAAGCACGAGUUCGUCCAGCAACCUGGGCGGCAGCACGAGUCACGGCUCCGGCGUCCAGCCCAAGUACGGUGGUGGUAGCUACUAUGCCGGGGGCGCAGCCACGCCCUAUCGCUCCGGCAGCAAAACAUCCGGUGGCAUCAGCCCUCACCUGGUGGCCGGCGCCGGACUGGGUUUCCUGGGGGGCGCCUGGCUGGCGCUCGGCGCCAGCUACUACCUCUACCCUUAUCCGCACAAUUACCUGUACAACGACCAGUCGUACCCCGUGGAAUGCGUGUGCGCACAGUACAGCGAGUGUGGCUGCGGCGACAACCAAAAUCAGACCUACUACACCUCGCUCUUCCACGGGGACCGGCCUGAGAACUCGACCAAUGUGCGCGUGUUGGAUGUCAAUGGCACCACGACCAUCUAUAUCAAUGGCACGCUGCCCAACGGGACCACGGCGGCAUCCGGGGCGUCGCCCGCAGCCACGGUGCCAGCGCAUCUGGGCGGUUAUUUGGUCACGGUGGCUGUUGUGGCCGCUGCGGUGUGGGGUAUUUAG